AUGGCUAGCGAACGAGACCCUAAGAGGCAGCGUGUCGAGGAGCCCGGGGCCGAGUCACCUCCGGCCAAGGAGCGUCUGCCGGAUGGGAUCACGGCGACGGAAGAGGGCCAGAAGAACCGUUGGUUUGUCGGGAGUAUAGACCAGGGUACCACGUCGAGUCGUUUCUUGAUAUUCAAUGGUGAUGGGGAUCCAGUUGCGAGCCAUCAGAUUGAGUUUGAAAAUCUGUAUCCGGAAUCGGGUUGGCAUGAGCAUGAUCCUCUUGAGCUACUUAGAUCCGUAGAAAAGUGCAUUGAGGGCGCAGUCGCCAAUUUUACCAAAGCAGGCAACGAUAUAUCACGAAUACGGUCUGUAGGCAUUACGAACCAGCGCGAGACGACCAUUGUCUGGGAUACACAAACGGGCGAACCUCUUUACAACGCCGUCGUAUGGCCCGACACCCGCACGAAACACCUGGUCCGAGAGCUUCGCAACAAGGAGGGCGCUGACGAUCUCCUAAACCUGUGCGGUCUUCCCCUCUCGACCUAUCCAUCGAGCGUCAAGCUACUGUGGCUCAUUGAAAACGUCGAAGCUGUCAAGAAGGCUUACGAGGAGGGUCGCCUAGCGUUCGGCACCGUGGAUUCCUGGCUAAUCUACAGGCUCAAUGGCGGUGCGAAGCAGGAAAAUGGGGGAAUCCACGUCACCGACGCAACGAACGCCAGCCGAACCAUGUUCAUGAACCUCCGAACCCUCCAAUACGAUGACAAGCUCCUGUCAUUCUUCGGAAUCGACAAGUCGAAGAUUGCCCUCCCGAAAAUCGUACCGUCCUCCGACGCAGAGGUCUUCGGCAAGUUCGCGGCGGGACCGCUGAAGGGCCUCCCCAUCACGGGCUGUCUGGGCGACCAAUCAUCCGCGCUCGUGGGGCAGUGCGGUUUCCAGCCGGGACAGGCGAAGAAUACCUACGGAACCGGAUGCUUCCUUUUAUACAACGUCGGCACCGAACCCGUCAUCUCGAAAUCGGGCCUGCUGGCCACCGUCGCUUACGAUUUUGGCAAGGGCAGAAAGCCAGUGUACGCUCUCGAGGGUAGCAUCGCCGUUGCCGGGGCCGGCGUCAAGUUCCUUUCGCAAAACUUGGGCUUCGCUGAUAGCGCUGCCAAGGUCGCCGAGCUCGCUGAGACUGUUCCUGAUAAUGGCGGCGUGUUCUUCGUUACGGCCUUUAGUGGGCUCUUUGCGCCGUACUGGAUUGACGACGCAAAGGGAACGUUAUUCGGCAUAACCCAACACACCCAAAAAGGCCACAUAGCCCGCGCAACCCUCGAAGCAACCUGCUACCAAACCAAAGCCAUCCUUGACGCAAUGGCCCUCGACUCCCACCACGCCCUCGAAUCCCUCGCCGUCGACGGCGGCCUAUCUAACUCCGACCUCUGCAUGCAGACCCAGGCCGACGUCAGCGGCAUCCCCGUCGUCCGCCCCGCUAUGCGCGAGACCACCGCCCUCGGAGCCGCCAUCGCCGCCGGCUUAGCGACGGGCGUGUGGGGGGAACUGAGGGAUUUGGAUCAUGUUAAUCAGGUGGGGAGGAGGGUUUUUAUGCCGAAACUGGAGGAGAGGAGGAGGGAGAGGUUGUAUGCUAAGUGGCAGCAGGCUGUGGAUAUGAGUAGGGGUUGGGUGAAGGUUGAGGAUGAGUUGUAA